AUGCCCCCAAUUAUAAUCAGCGACAGCGAAGACGAUGACCGCAAGCCUGAAUUGUCACCACCUCACCGUCCCCUUAUAGAUCCCUCUCUUGACCGUGAGAUCAAUGAGCUAAGGAAACAGGAAAGCAAAGACGAAGACGAGCGCUCAGAAUUGCUCUCUCGGCUUGAGAAAGUCAAUAAGAGAUUAAAGAGAUCUCGGAAGCGAAUAGCCGAUUUGGUCGAUAAAACGGAUGCGGCUUUGAAUUUGGUUCUUAAGGAGGGGGACCCUCAGGCUCAGAAGACAGUCAAAAAAAAAAUUAAAGUAGAGGUCAAGAAAGAGGUGAAGGAGGGGAGUAAAAAAGAGGCCAAGAAAAAUGGCAGGAAGGAGAUUGAGAAGGAAAGCCUGAGUGCUCGGGCUCCAGAUACUCAAGUGGGUCGGGGUUCUGUAUUAGAAUCUCGAGCUGAUGUUGAUAAUCGUACUGGCACCCCGGUAGUUCCGCGGACUGUACGGAACUCAAUAGUCAAAGAGGAGUUCAGUUCCGAUUCGGAGAAUGGUGUUCCGAGGUUCACUGUAGCACGGUUGGAGCCAAUGAGCCCGCCGGCAGCUUCACGGUCGGAACCAGGGAGCUCGCCGGUAGCUUCACGGUCAGAGCCAAAGAGCCCGUCGGCAGCUUCGCGGGCUUCGAGACGAAGCACACGGGCUUUAAGUUCAAUAUCACAAAGUUAUCCGCCUGGUUCUCAACUCGCAGCAUCAGCACCAGCAUCAGAUGAUGGGAUCGAGAUUUACGAGAAAGUUCGACCCUGGGUAAAGCCCACAGAAGAUAACGACCAGAUUGCAGCCUCUGACGCUCCAUUCAGGAAGUUUGAUGCCAGACAGCUGAUCAAGAUGUGGCCUAAGCUCAAAAUCCCAAACCUGCCUUGGCCAACUAUCAAGUUUACGCGUAGAUUUUUAUCAAAGGUUCUUGGAGGUGGUGAGCAGAUGGUAGAGUGUGUUAUUAGUGAAGCGAAACAGAGGACCCAGAUAUACCCUAUCAAAGUUUACUACUGCGAACGAGCCGAAUGGUCUCCAGACAUGCCUCCAGAGCCUGGUGCCCACGGCGUAGUCUAUGCCACCGUACCCGACCCUAGAGACCUCGAUCGUCCAGUAGACCUUAAUUAUUCCAGUUAUGCCUUGUUUUGUAGGCGGGCUGCCAAUAAAUGGGAUUACUGCGGUGAAUAUGAAAUCACAAGGCGCAAAUUCAUUCCCGGGGAAUGGGACGACGUACCAGAAGUUGCGAAGAAAUCGUGGUCUGAAGGGUUUUCUGGGAAGAAGGGGAAGAAAUGGGGUAUCAACAUCCUGAGGAAACGUGGGCUUCUAGGCCCACACGACCCCCCGCCUUCUCCAGAGGAUAUCCUUGUGUUAAUUGAUCAAGGGAGGUUGCUGUUAGAGUGUCAAAUAUACAAAUGCGUGGGUUAUAAUCUUGAUUUCUAUGAAACGCUCAAAGAGGCUUGGGAAAGAGAGGUAGAGAUAGACAACGAAAUCAAAAGAGAAGAGGAGGAAGAGGAAGAGGAUGGAGGCAUAAGACUUCCCGAAAAAAAGCGAAGGAGAUUAACUACUACCAUAAGGGUUCCCAAGGAUGCAGAGGAUGAGGACGAGGAAGAGGGGGAUGGGGAUAUAAAACUUCCUGUAAAAAGGAAAAGGAGAUUGACUACUGCCAGAAGGGUUUCCAAAGAUACAGAUGAGGGGGACGACGAGGAGGAGGAGGAGGGUGAAGAGGUGUUAGUGGAAAGGCCGGAAACUAGGAGGAAACGGAGAAGGAGAAGGAGAAUUAACGAGGAGGGGGAGUAUGACGAUGACGAAGAUGAAGAUUACACAGAGAACUAA